AUGUUGCAUAAGACAACUCCUUGCGUGGGCGGCAGUGAUGAUGCCACCUUGACCGAGGCACCUCACUUGGUAUAUAAAGCCUGGUUUGAGAGACCGGUAUCACUCACCUCCUGUGCCAUUCGACUCGUCACACCCUCCGCUAACAUGAAGAUCAUUGCAUUCGCCGCUGUUGUAUCAGUCUGUCUGGCUGACAGACUGCCCAGUCACUUCGGCUAUGUCUCUCCACAUCCCCCUUCAACCUUCAGCCACAGGUCGCGACCUGUAUCUCGCCCUUCCUUUUCUGCUCCCCAGCCAACCUACUCCGCUCCGAGAUCUGCUCCCGGUCCAGUAGUGCCCAUCCUUGUGGACGACCGCGUCCACCCCAACGCCGGCGCUUACAGCUUCAACGUUGAGACCGGUGACGGCAUCUCACGCCAGGAAAGUGGAUCGCCUGUUCCCGCCAAGGAGGGUCCCGUCACGGCCAUGUCUGGCUCCUACUCCUUCACCCUCCCUGACGGACAACUGUUUGAGCUUCGCUUCGUAGCUGACGAGAACGGCUUCCAACCUCAGUCGCCAUUCCUUCCCGUGGCGCCAGCCUUCCCUCAUCCCAUCCCCGCCCACGCCCUUAGGCAAAUCGAGCGCGCCCGUCAAGGACCUUCUCAGGGAUUCAGCUCCCCUUCUCGUCCCUCUCGCCCUUCUAAUUCCUAUGGCUUUCCUCAGUAAAGCCUUCUAGUGCCGAAUAUCACAUGUUAUAUUAUUUAUAACGAUUUUGAUGUACUGUACAAAGAUGUUACAUUUAACGAAGUUUUGCGAAUAAAAGAUGUGAAAAAAGGAAACAUUCGCUUAUUGAAUAUACAACAUCCGUUUA